UCCCAUUGAUUCUGUUUUGUGAGGUAGAAGGUUUGUCCCACCCAUGCAGUCCCACCCAGUGUCACCGGGGACAUGUGACGUCACGACACUGCCGGUCUUUCUAUGGUAUCGAGCAGCCGACAGACGGUGAAGGAAGGAGUCAAGAAUCUCACUCUCGUGGACCUGGACAAAGUCUCCCUUGGUGAUAGGAUAGCAUCAAUUGGAUCCUCCGUUAAACCUGAGACGAUACACUUUGUCCUGUUGCGUAUAUCGGACUUUGAGAAUCCGGGCGACUCGUUUUUGCACGUGUUUUAUACGAUUUUAUCCGAUGCGAAUGUUAGACUGAACAGACUGGUGUUAGCCGUUAACCAUGGCUAAUGCAGCUUUAGCAGUUACCGAGUGCCAGUAGCUAAUAUUGUAGCCGACGUUAUACAGCCAGUUUAAUAAGCUACAGCUCAUGUUAGAUUUGUAAUGAUUACAAAGUUUGUUAAACAAACUGAUUGUUGUUAGUGUCAGUCGCUGUCGACCGGCUUCUGAUUUUAAAGUAAAUCCAAUAACCUGCUAGGCUAGGCAGUGCGGAUUGUUAGCUAGCUAGCUAGCUAUCAAAUGUGAACGGUUUCGAUUGUGACAACUUGUUCUGUAUCGUUAUUUUAUGCAGAGGACCUUCUUGGAGAAAGAUGCAUGUAUAACUAGUAGUAUCUAACGUUAUCUGUCUAAUUUGUCCUUUAAGAGAGUCUAUAUUGGUAACGUUACGUUAGUAGAAACGGUAGCUAACGUUUAAAAGGCAGAGCCUUUGGAAGAGAAAAUAGGAAACGAGUACUAGACCUUGAUUAGGUUAUAACACCUCACAAAAGGACACCGCUGUUCUUUUUUACUUACUUAACUAAUCCCGAGUACCCAAGCAGUCCCGGAGGAGCUGCGGGGUUGGAGCAUGUCAGGUCGCCCCAGAACCACUUCCUUCGCGGAGAGCUGCAAACCAGUGCCGCAGCCGUCAUCAUUCGGUAGCAUGAAAGUCAGCCGAGAUAAGGAUGGCAGUAAAGUGACCACAGUAGUGGCCACUCCAGGCCAGGGGUCUGACCGGCCUCAGGAAGUCAGCUACAAUGACAUCAAGGUGAUCGGAAACGGCUCUUUCGGCGUGGUCUACCAGGCUAAGCUGUGCGACUCCGGAGAGCUGGUGGCAAUCAAGAAGGUCCUGCAGGACAAGAGAUUCAAGAACCGUGAGCUGCAGAUCAUGCGGAAGCUGGACCACUGCAACAUUGUGCGUCUGCUCUACUUCUUUUACUCCAGUGGAGAUAAGAAGGAUGAGGUGUAUCUGAAUCUGGUACUGGACUAUGUCCCAGAGACGGUGUACCGCGUGGCCCGACACUACAGCCGAGCUAAACAGAUGCUCCCCAUGAUCUACGUAAAGUUGUACAUGUACCAGCUUUUCCGCAGUCUGGCCUACAUCCACUCGUAUGGGAUCUGCCACCGGGACAUCAAGCCCCAGAAUCUGCUGCUGGACCCAGAGAGCGCCAUCCUCAAGCUCUGUGACUUUGGGAGUGCAAAGCAGUUGGUACGUGGGGAGCCCAAUGUGUCCUACAUCUGCUCACGCUACUACAGAGCACCGGAGCUCAUCUUCGGAGCCACCGACUACACGUCCAGCAUAGAUGUUUGGUCAGCAGGCUGUGUCCUCGCAGAGCUGCUGCUGGGCCAGCCCAUCUUUCCGGGUGACAGCGGAGUUGAUCAGUUGGUGGAGAUCAUCAAGGUUCUGGGCACGCCCAGUAGGGAACAGAUUCGAGAGAUGAACCCCAAUUACACAGAGUUCAAGUUCCCCCAGAUCAAGGCACACCCCUGGACUAAGGUGUUCCGGCCCCGCACCCCUCCGGAGGCGAUCGCUCUCUGCUCGCGUCUCCUGGAGUACCCGCCCUCGUCCCGGUUCUCCCCCCUGGAGGCGUGCGCUCACUCCUUCUUCGACGAGCUGCGCGAGCCCAACACUAAGCUGCCUAACGGCCGAGACCGACCCCCUCUCUUCAAUUUCACCACUCAGGAGUUGUCCAGUAAUCCAUCCCUGGCGUCCAUCUUGAUCCCUGCUCACGCCCGCACCCCUGCAGUCUCCAGCCCCUCUGGAUCUGCCAACCCAGGUCAGUCUGGCUUCUAAGCGCUUACCAAGACCCCAGCAGUGGUGAGCAUGGCCAGACCACCAAUGCUGCCUCCACCUCCAACCCCUCCUCCUGAGUACCAUCCCCUGCGCCCGCGAAUAGGCCAAUCCCGCGUCGCUCUCGGACAACGCCCCUGUUCCGGAGGCCGCGGCUGUGUUGCCGUCUUUCAAAACAAGACAAGCAAAAAAGAAAAAAAGAACUCAAGGAAACAUAGAAGAGCCAUCUUAAUCCUACACCCCAUACACACACACACACACACACACACACACACACACACUCUCCCUCUCCCAACUCUCAGUGACGCUGUAGUUUUAUUGCUGUUGUUCCAGCUGUUUCUUUUGUUAUUGUUGUUGUUGUCAUUAUUUAUUUGUACAAAAGGACAUCAGUGAUAUAUGGAAGCUGCUCCUCUCUCCAGAGCUCAAUGGAGGAUUUGACUGUCAGUGUAGUGAACACAAAGGGCGUCACGCAUUCAACUGGACACUGCUAAGGUGCACAGAAACCUGAGAAGAACGUGAUGAUGCCUUGGUUCACCCUGACAACCUGAUGUCUGUUUAUUUUACUCUGAAUGCACGCUACCUACUGACUUGGACUGUGCUGUAAGGGACACAAUCCUGCCAUCUAGUGGCCAAAGGCCCUACUGCACCCUCACCUGUUCUCCUAAAUUCUCCCUUGUGUGCUUGGCACUUGAUGCCUACCACCAUUCUCUUGCAGAAGAAGAUUUAAAGAGACUGACUGCCAGACUCCGAAGGAGACUUCAGUUGAUAUGUGGACGAUUCACAUGAACUGUUAUUGGCUGGAAAGAGUGCUUGGUGGUGGAUCCUAGAGGCAGUGUGCUGGUAGUGGAAUGUUACUUAAUUCGUCUUUGUUUGUUGUUGAUGUUUUUUAACCACUUAAUUUACUUUCACUUUAACAGUCUUCCCGCAGUCCCCUCCCAACAGUACACUGACACAAAACAGCCUACACCUAUUUAACUGCUCCACCAAACUGAAUUGUGUGUGUGUGUGUGUGUGUGUGUGCCUGUCUGUUUGUGUACUUGUGUACAGUCUGCAUGCGUUGCUCAUGAGCUCUUAACAAGCAGACCCCUUGUAGUGGAAAAAAAAACUAAACAGAUAAGAAAUCAGGGCAAAAAGCGCAUAGGUAUCCAACAGUCACCACACACUAUGGUUUCAUUGGUCACAGUAGCACACGAGUUUGGAGUGCCUUUAACACACACCUACACACACUGGAGCACACAUCCUCUCUGUUUUUCGUUCUCUCUCUGUGUGUGUGUGUGUGUGUGUGUGAACUGUGUGUCUGUUCUGUGGUGCUUAGGUGAGACAUUGGCGUGGUGGUACUGUCCUGUUGCUGUGGAAGUGCAUAAUAUCACCACUGUUUCAACCGUUAGCCAAUCAGCUCUCACCAUAGGCACAGUAAAUGUCAUAGGUCACAAUCCACCAGAUUUGAGUCUGUGCACAAGCAUCUGCCUUGAGCUGGACCGCUGGAAGUGCUUCAUAAUCGUUGAUGAACAAUGACAUAGUGGCUGUAGAAGUCGAGUGCUUUAGUGUCGAGGUUUGCAUGUCUCCAACGGAGGUGCUCAUUGGAUUGUGUGUUGCGUGUGUGUUUGUAGUUUAAUCAGAAGUGUAUGUAAGGUGUGCUUGCUGUAAUAUUGGCACCCCAUUCAUGUGUUCCUGUUGGUUAUCCUUGACCAUGAGAGAGGUGUUCAGUCUUCUGAAUCUCAAAACAUGCAAACGCUGGAUCACCUUCAGAGGACUCGUGGUGUGAGCGUGUUGAAGAGCAGCAGCACCGUUUGCUGCUUAAGAAACAGCAGAGUUCUGUCCCUACUUGAAUUGUUUUUUUUGUUUUUUUUUGGGACAGGGGCUGUCUGUUUUCUCAUAUCGAGGAGAACUUCUAACAUCCAUGCAGGUUCUGUUCAAUGCGUCAUCUGUAAAUACAGCUGGUUCUGGUUCCGUGUGUCACUCGGUUCAGAACGGUAGGUUUAUGGUACUGCAUACAAUAAAGUGUCGGUUAGCUUGAAAACA